UCUCUAAAGCCGCCGUACCUGUUCCCUAAUGCAUCUCCUUAUCUUUACUUUCUCUCUCUACUUCCUCGGGUGUGGUUCUCUUUUCCUGAGGCCGCCAUACGUCGUCUCUGCCUCUCUCUCUCUUGCAGAUGUUAAUACCUUAAGUGCCUUUUUAGACUUUUGUUAAGUCAACGCAACACUUUCACUCAUUUGCAUUCUCUUCUAAAACUUACCCCACUUUCGUCUUUAAUCUUUGGUUUUUGGGCUUUUCUUUAUCUCGGAUUAUAAUCCAUUGUUUAUUGGUUUCCUGUUUUUCAUUAAUGAAAAGUACCUAUCCAGGUUAAUGUUCUAAAUUUAUUUUGGCACCUGUAUCUCUAUGAUUUCUACCAUUUUCGUAUCAACUCUUUCCUCUUUCCUUGACGGGGAAAACAAAAAAAAGUGGUUUUUUUCGAGACUAUCUUUUUUUUUGGGAAAGGAGGUGGAUUUACUGCAUUACUGAAUCAAUCUUUGUCCUCCUUUUAUUAAGUGAAACUGUGAAACCACGAAAGGAGAUUUUUUUUUCCCUUUUUUUCUCAAUUUUAUCAGCUGUUGUUCUGAUUAUAUCAUUUGUGCAGUGAAGAAAAGCUUGGUAAUCCUUUAAUUGUUAAUGGGUGUUCAAAUUGGAGUGAUUGAAUGGCAACUUUCAAACCAUUGAUGGAUUCUUAUACCCUUGGAAGGCAUACUUUUCAUGUAAUCAAUGGAUCUAAACAGUAAAACGGCACCCUCUCGACCACCCAAGUCUGCCUCUUCUGCAAAAGGAGAAAAUGGGGGAUUGUUUCUCCCUCAUGAUGGUGAAAAUGUUCUAGAGAGAGAGGAAGAUGGGGAAUUGAAGUCUUUAUUGUCCCCCAAACGACAAGGACCGCCGGAGAAAGGACUAAACAGGAGACUUAAUUCUAACCGCAAAGUGCAGUGGAAUGAUUUCAAUGGAAACAAGCUCGUAGAAGUUUGGGAGUUUGAGCCAAGUGAUUCGAGUGAUUCUGAUGAAGACAUGGACGAUUCCGAUUCUUGUAUGUGUACAAUAAUGUAGAGCUCCAUGCAGUUUAUUAUGGGGACCUUGCUUCUCGAAUUGGAUCCUCGUGUAUUUUUUCCGUGAAUUAUUAAUGCAAUGAAGUUAUUUUCUUGUGAUGCCA